GCCAGGAAAAUUUUUUAGUUCUCAUUCUCGGAGAAGGAAAAGAAAAAAGAAAAAAAGGAGAGAGAGCGAGAGAGGAUAAAGAAGCGCGUUGUCAGGGUUUGGAUCAAUUCAGGGGGCCUUGAAGAAAUCUCUUGAAUAACUGAUGCCCAUCCUUCUAGCAUGGACUCACAUCAGCUUUUCAAAUAUGGAUUGACUGGUGCAGAUGUAUCUUGUGAAUUCCCUUCUCCAAGAACUCUAGCAUAUACUGAAUGGGCGUUGGGUCCUAUUAAAUUUGGUACAGGGAACUCGCCCAAUUCUCCUCUUUCUAGCAAGUUCGAAUCUGUACUGAGCAACAGUCAGGAGCAGCAUAGCUCCACAGAGAGCAUCUCAGGGGUCAGCCUUUCCCAGUAUUCACCACUAGAAACCAACAGCUCAUUCAAGCAAACCCAUAUUCAUCGUUCAGAGUGUGUCCAGGUACCAUCUAAUUCAUCUUAUGCAGUUUCUAGUCAAAGCAUGAGGCAUGCUUUACAAGAGAUUGAAACUGUUCUUAUGGCUCCUGAUACUGAUGAGACAACAACUAGUACCAAUCUGGAGUCUGAUGAAAACAAACAACCUCAGCUCAGAAAGCAGCCAUCAACGACUUGGAGCCAUGAGUCUUGCAUGGAACCUCCUGCUGUUGUCCAGCCCCAGUAUAUUUCUGGCAGAUAUUCAAAGCCAAGCCAUGAAGCCCGUCCUGAGAAACGUCUUAGAGAGAUGAGGGAAUUUCCACAGAAUGAUGUGAAACAGAUGUUGAUCAGGUGUGCUGAAGCUUUGACUGAGAACAAGAUAAAUGAGUUUGAAAUGCUGGUCCAGGAAGCUCGUAGUUAUGUCUCCAUUUUUGGAGAACCAAUCCAGCGUCUGGGUGCUUACAUGCUAGAAGGCUUGGUGGCAAGACAUGAGUCUUCUGGCACCAACAUCUACCAUGCCCUGAGGUGCCAACAGCCUGAAAGCAAAGAACUUCUUUCCUACAUGCGGAUCUUGUAUGAUAUCUGCCCCUACUUCAAAUUUGGUUACAUGGCAGCCAACGGAGCAAUUGCUGAAGCACUGAGGCAUGAGGACAGGAUCCACAUUAUAGACUUCCAAAUUGCUCAAGGGACUCAGUGGGUCACUCUAAUACAGGCACUAGCUGCUCGGCCUGCUGGUCCUCCACAUGUUCGGAUCACAGGGAUCGAUGAUCCAGUGUCAGAGUAUGCCCGAGGAGAUGGUUUGCAGCUUGUUGGGAAGAUGCUAUCUGAUAUGUCCAAGAAGUUCAACAUCCCUUUGGAGUUCAAUGCCCUCACCGUCUAUGGGCCGCAGGUCACAAGAGAAAUGCUAGACAUUCGACCAGGUGAAGCACUUGCUGUAAAUUUUACUCUUCAGCUCCACCAAACCCCUGAUGAAAGCGUUGAUGUGAAUAACCCCAGGGAUGGAUUGCUUAGGAUGGUGAAGGGAUUGUCACCAAAAGUGACUACUUUGGUGGAGCAAGAGUCCAACACCAACACAACCCCAUUCUUGAUGAGAUUCUUGGAGACAUUGGAUUACUACUCUGCAAUGUUUGAAUCAAUUGAUGUAACUCUGCCAAGGGAUAACAAAGAGAGGAUACAUGUGGAGCAGCACUGCCUGGCAAAGGACAUAGUGAAUAUCAUUGCUUGUGAAGGGAAGGAGAGGGUGGAGAGACAUGAGCUGCUUGGGAAGUGGAGAUCCAGGCUGACCAUGGCAGGAUUCAAGCCUUACCCACUUAUCUCUUAUGUGAAUUCAGUGAUAAAGACGUUGCUGGGAUAUUACAGUGAUAAGUAUACAUUGGUGGAGAAAGAUGGUGCAAUGUUACUGGGUUGGAAGAAUAGAAACCUGAUCUCAGCCUCUGCAUGGUACUGAUUGUAGAAUUGUAUGCAGAGCACUUCAGGGAAAAAGGUUAGCGAGUUGUGAAUGCCCUCAAUAAGUUUUGUAUGAUCCUCAUGUUGCAGGUUCAUUUCUUUCUUUGUAUGUAUGCAUAUGUGAAUGCUGCAUCUGAUGUAAUCCAUACAUAGGCUGGGAUACAAUCUUUAUGGUAGUUCGAGGAGGUUGAUUUUUCUGUCCAAUGUUCUCGAAUAGGUAGAAUCCAGGCUGGUUAUGACUAAGUGGCUUGAAUCCAAGUCUCUUCUACAAGCAUAAGAGACUCUACCAACUCAGACCAGCCAGUUGGCAUCCUUUGCUCUGUUCAUGAGGUUAUUGACUCGAGUCAUUGAUGUUUCUUUCAUGGUUUGCCACUGAUUUGACGUGAGAGGAAGAGGUGGUUCCAACAGUUGGGGCACCUGGCUGCAAAUGGUGCACUUGGUUAUCAGCUCUGGCUUGAUUAAGACAGGCAGCUUCCCUGCCAUGGGUAUUUGCAUGAAUUGAAGCUGCUGCCUGCUCAAUAUUUCUGGGAAGAGGAUGUUGAGCACUACUCCUCCCAUGAGAAUCUCCUUUUAAGAUCACCUUGGUUGCUUGCAAAUCCAAGAUUGCAGCUUUGAGUCUGAGCUAUGUUGCAUUUUAACUGAGCAACAAGAACUGAAAAUGUAGCACUGGGAACAGUGCCCACCAUUGAUGUUCUGUCUGCUCGAUCCCAAAUAAUGAACCAUCUCUUGCUGAUGUUGGAUGAACAGGGCCAUUGAGAUAUACUUUGAUGCAAUCCGGUUGAGGGGACUGCCAAGAGACGAGUUGUGUUGAAGAGAGAUCCAUGCAAAGCAGGGGUCAAAAAGGAGACCCAGUGGACAGAUUCAGUGGUCAUAACCUUCACUCAAGACUCUUUCUAAGUAUUCAUUGGCAAGGGUGAUUGCAAUAGCCAGAAGAUGUUAGGGGAUCCAGUUUUUUUGCUGGAACACUUCAUGUUUUCCUCCUUUCCAGACCUUCCAAAGGAUAUAAAUCAAAUAUGAAUGGGCAAUUGACAUAUGUUGAGAAUCCAGUGGUCAAGCCCGCUACUCAGCUUGAUGUCAACUCCCAAGAACUGGAGCUGGGAGAUGGUAGGCAUGCUCACCAAAUUCCAAACACCAUGAACUUAGCACAUUAUGCAUGGUCAAUCGAUUCACUGGGUUCAUGACAACGAGGACAGCAUGCUUCAGACAAACCUUUUUGAGGCAAGAAAUAGUGCUGUAGGAAGCCGACACUGUCUUCCAUGGAAAACAUCUCACUCUUCAAUGCAUUAUAGCUUUCCACACCCAGCUAAACUCAGGGGGAUCUAUCGAGCAAUCAUAGAUCUGUAGAUCUCUCGCACUUUUCUAGUGCUCCUAUAGGUCUUCCCCAAAACAGAGAAUGCCCCCUCCAUGAUGACUAGUUUUUGGGAUUUGAAGAAUCUGUCUGCAAUUACAGGAGGAAAACAGUAAUUAAUAAGUUCCUCAUUCCAAACCCCAUUCCUUAGAAGAUGCAAGCAAAUUCUCAUCUCGAGAUGUCAGAAGGUGCAAGAUCAACGAGUUGUAUCUAUUGGAAAUGUCCUCGAUUCCUAGGCUUAUUCUGUAGCACCAAGUACAUACGGGGAAAUACUGCUAACUUGCCGUGUGGUCCUAUUUAUAA